AUGAACACUCGUUUCCUUUUCAGCCUGCAAAUACUUCUCUUAUGUGAUGUAGAACGUGUUCGAGCUGCAUCACUUCGUGCUCUUCGUUAUUCAAUCCAUCGGGGGACUAUUUUUGAUAAAUUUCUUGAAUGUCGUCUUGAUUAUCUUGUUUGCCGAUCUCUUACAAUUGACUUACGAAAUGCUCGUGAACGCUUAGAAGCAUAUAAACUUAUUCGUCGUUUAUUUCUUUUAUAUCCUCAACGUUUACCUCAUUCACUUGUCUAUGUUCUUGAUGCUAUUGUUUCAUCAAGUCAUCCAGCAUCAGUACCUCGAAAUGCAAAUUCAACACCUAUAAUACGAACUGAUCAAAUGGUUAAAUGUUGUUUAGAAUUAUUAUGUGAAAUAGCAAUUCAAAAUCCACAUAUAUUACAUGAAUGUCAUGCAAUAAAUACAAUGCUAAAAUUUAUUGUUGAUUUUGAACAAGAUGAACUUCGUGAAAGUGUACUUUAUGCAUUGUUACAUGCUGUUGAUCGUUUUACAAUCAAUGAUAAUAGUGAGCCAACAAUAAUGGAUUCAGUAGAUUCCAAUGGUCCAGCUUUGGUACUUGUAGAUGAAGGAAUGCGUGAACGACAUGAAUUAAUUGGAAAUAUGUUUAGUCAAUUAGUGGCAAUUUUUUCAUUAUGUGAAAAAGGAACAGUGAAAACCGGUGAUCGUCGUGGAAUGACACCAGCAGCAUUUGAUAAUUUAAUUGUUAAAGAACCAGAUAAAAUAAAAACACUUAAAUCAUGUGCAUCAGCUAUGGGAACAAUUUUACAUAGUUGGAUCGGUUUUACGGCAUUUUGUCAAACAAGAAAUUCAUCUAUACGUUUACUUGUUAAUUGUUUACUUGUACAAUCUGAACCAAUGAAAAUGAUAAUUCUUGAUUUAUUUUAUGAGUUACUUAACCUUGAUAUUCCAGCUGUCUGUGAUAGUUAUGACGCAGCACUUAAAUCAAUGUAUCCAAUAUGGAAUUUAACAACAGUUGAAGAAGGAUAUACAUAUGUAGCUUGGGAAGGAGCUGCUAAAUUACCUCGUUUAUCAUCUACAAGACCGGACUUGCUUGAUAGUCAUAUGGCAUUAAUGCUUCUUACUCUUAUUGAUGCUGGCUUGAUCGAGUGUAAUGAAAAUUUACCUGAAGAGCAAAGUUUUCUUUUAUUACCUCUAUUGAUGGAUGUUGCUAUUGCUGAUGAUGAUAGUGUCAAACGAAGUUUUGCAAAAGAAGCUAUGCUUAAUAUAAAUGCAUUCUUUGAAUUUAAACAACGUACACGUCAUAUACAUUCAUUUCAAUUAGCACAAUUAACAUAUCAUGCUCAACAUUUAAAUGAUUAUUUUACAUUACCACAAAAUGUUGGUGGAGAAACAAACCGCCGAAUAUCAACAUCAUCGUCCAAUGAUCCCUUGGUUGCAGAAAAAAUUGACGCUAGUAUUCGUGAUACAAAUACAUUACAAGCAAAUAAUUAUAAAAGAUGGAAUUGGGAUCUAAUAUUAGCUUUAUUAAAAGAUUUUCCAAAACAAGCAAAUCAAGUCCAAGGCGAGCUCUAUGAAAUGUUUCUUGAUAAAUUAUGUGACUUUUUCAAACCGGAACAAAAUGGUGGCUUUAAUGAUAUUCUUUUAACUGAUUCACUAUCUGAUGUAACUUGUCGAACUUUAUUAGCAUUUUCUGAUCUUCUUGUUUAUCCAGCUCGAUCAUCAUCAAAUCAUAUUAGAGUUAUUGCAAGUAAUAUUGCUCGAAUACUUUUAACAAGUGUUAGUAAUGCAUUAUAUCAAUCAAUUAUUGCAAUGAGAGAAUGUAAUGGACGAGCUAUAAUAACAGAACAUGAUUUAUUGUCAAAAAAUAGUGUUUAUUAUUAUUUAUUUCUUGGACGUUUAAGUAAAUCAUCCGUUGGUACACAAUCAUUAGUUGACAGUGAUAUAUUUGUUCGUCUUUUGGAAAUGUUAAAAAUGGAUGAUGAAUUUGCUACAUCAGCUAUUGUUGCAUUAUCUUCAUUUAAUUAUUAUUAUGAAAGUUCAUGUCGAACUUAUUUAAUGCAAGCACUCAAAUCACAUUGCACGGCACUUCGUUUGUACAGUACAAGUCUUCUUCGUGUAAUUCUUCGUUCAAAUCCCGUUGCAUUUGGUAGUUGGGGUUUAAGUCUUCUUAUUUCACAAUUACAUGAUACUGAUCAAACAGUUUUAAUUGAAGCAGUUUCAGUUCUUGAUGAAGCUCUUGAAGAUAGAAGAUUAGUGAAUCUAUUUUAUAAGCAAUGGGAAAGUUUUACAGCAAUUAAAAAUAAAAAUUAUUUUUUGUCAAAAGUUUUUCAUUUGGCUUCUGCACGUAUGACUUCAAUACCAUUUCAUCAAGUUCAACAUGAUGAUAAACAUUUGUCAAUGCUACGUGAAGAACUUGCAUAUUGGGAUUCAACAUUUAAUGCUGAAUAUGUUACUUUUAUGGAAACAAGAUUAUUUUCAGCUCAUUCAGGUGGUGCUUUAUUAACUGAUGAUUAUUUUGAAAGACGUAAAUCAGCAUCGUUAACAAAUAAAACAAAAAUAAAAAAACCAACUGCUUAUGUUUCAUCACAUAUAUAUAGACAAUUAUGUCUUCAUUAUGAUGGAUUUCGUUUAUUACGUUCAGAAUCUCGUUUAGAAAAAUAUGUAAUAGAAUUACGACAGCAUCGUACUAAUUGUAUUAGUCUAAAUGAAACAUAUGUUAUUAAAGAAGCACUUUGGGCAUUAGCUCAUACAGCUAGUACGGAAUAUGGCUAUAUUUGGUUUAUGGAAAAAGAUUUAUUACCAGAUUUUUUAAGAUUUGCUGAAGAAUGUCAAAAUUUAUCUGUUCGAGGUACAGCAUUCUAUGCACUCAGUUUAAUAGCGCAAACUCCAGAUGGUGCCAUUUCUUUGAAAGACUAUGGUUGGGAAACAUAUCGUGUUCGAUCUCAUUCAAUUCCACCAUCAGCAGCAAAUACUGAUACAUAUCAAAGUGCUGAAAGACGUAUUUCAAAAGGUGCUACACCAUCAUCACCACGUAAAAGUAUUUCAUUACAAGUAACUCCACCAGGAGCUUCGACCACAAAUAAUCAAUCAGAACAUAAAAUAAAACCUAGUACAAAUGAAUCACUAACAGCCGAUCCUGUACCAACAACUCGUUUCAAUCCUCGUCACGAAUUAAGUUUAUCUGAUGUCAAAUCUAAACGAUCAUUAACAAUGCCUUCAACAAUUUUAUUAAAUGCUAAUGAAAAAACAGAUGUUCUACAUGUUAUUAUACCUGAAGAAAGUGCACCAGCAACACCAACAAGUAAUAUAGCAAUGGUAUCAUUUUCUGAUAAUCUUGAACCUGGUGGUCCUCCAUUACUUGUUGGUGUACCUAUACGUCGUUGUUCAAGUAUAUCAAAAGAAUUAACAAAUACAACAUGUCGUGAUUCAGGUAUAGCUAGUGGAGCAACAGGAUCAUUUUCAGAUGUUGAAUAUUCUCGUUCACCAUCUUAUCAAACAUAUGCAUCACAUGGUCAAUCUCAAUCAGCUGCUGAACAAUCAGCAACAGAUAGUUUACCAUUAGAACGUUUUCGUCCACGAUCAAAAUCAGCACAUCAAUCGAAUGCAUUACGACAAUCAAAACAAUUACAAAAAGUUCCUGAAGUUAUUCAAGCACUACGUGCACCAACAGCUGGUCUUGGUGGUGCAUCAGAACCAUCAGCAACUGAUGAGUUAUAUCGAUCACGUUUAUUACGUUGUAAUUUUCUUUUAAAACCAGAUGCAACUGGUUAUGAAUAUGCAAGACGUGUACAAAAAAUAAGUCAUGCAACAUAUUCUCAAUUAGCUAAUACGAAUCAUAAUGAUUCUUAUAUAGAUGAUAUAUUAUUAAAAGAAAAAAAAGAUGAAUUUUUAUUACCCUUUCAUAGAUAUACAUCAAGCUUUUAUAAGAAAAUUUAUGAAUCACAUGAUUUACGUGAUCAACAAUUUGAUAGAUUUUUAACAGAUAAUGGAAAAUAUUCUGCAGAUCAACGUGAUAUAGAUGAUGCUGAUGAAGAUGGAAAUACUAUUUAUCGUGGUUUAGCUUUACCUGUUGAUAUUCGUCAAGUUGUAGAAAUAUCUGAUGGUUAUAAUUUAAAUUAUGAGACAUGGUAUGAUCUUGUUCGUUCUCGUUCACGUGGAAAUACAAAUGCUGAUCAAGCACGAACACGUAGUGCUACUGGAGCAUCAAUUAGUUCUGGAGAAUUUACUUCAACAUCACCUGCAAAUCCAUCACAAGAUCAAAUAACGUCAACAACAAUAAUUGUUCCAAUAAAUCCAAUAUCAUCAACGCCAACAUUAAAUAUUUGUAUGAUGUGUAGUAAUAAUACAACAAAUAUUACACCACAUGAAAAUUCUCAUAUAAAUAUGCAAGCAGAUUUCGCUGAUGUCAAAUCAUUAGCUAGUCGUCUUAUUGCUGCUAUUCAUACUGAUGAAGUAGAAAAAAAACUUUUAAGUUGGAAAGAAAGUCGUCCACAAAUAUUUGAUAAUAUUUGUUUAUAUUCUGAAGUAUGUUAUAUAUUAUCAUUGAGUAGUGUACGUGUGCCUGCUCAACGUUUUCUUCAUGAUUUAUUUUCGGAUUGUCAAUUUCAAAAACUUCGUAAACGUCGUCGUCAAAUUGAUACUUUACUAGAAGAAGAUGAUGAUGACAGCAUGGAUGCAAGUACAAGUUCAUGA